AUGAGCACUAGGCCAAUCGAGCCCGUCGUUCUCUACAACAGCAACAGCGGCAACUCAUCUCUCCCUGCCACCCUGCCGAGUGCUCGCAGUCCUCUGGGAAGGAUGCAUCUCCCGCAUCCACGGCCAACAGUGUCCCUCGAUCCUCGUCCCGUUGUGAUUCCGAUCCUGUCGUCCGUCAUUGGAUUCCCAAUUCUGGUGUUCGCCCUCAUCUGCGCCCUCAGACACCGAGCCAUUAAACUACGCAGGAGGGAUCAACAGAGGAAGAUGCAAGCCGGGAUUCGUUCUGUGACUUUGGAUCUUCCUCCACGAGAAAAGAUAUCUUUCUUCUCCGGUGGAUCAUCUCCCGAACUUUCCAUGAAAGAAACAGGGGACCUUGGCGAGCCAACUCAGACGACCAGCAUGCAGGCCACAACCCUCCGCUCGUCCCUCCAUUUGCCGGGCAAGUCAAGCAACAGGUGCAGAGUGCAGUUUGCGGGAACGGACACUGCCAGACAAAUGGACGCUUCCCAGUCCAUGAAGGUUGAUGUGGUUCUGCAAACAAUCGCGGCCGCUGCUGCAGCGUCAGUGAUAGGAGCAGAUGUCACUCCACCAGCCUGGAUAGAAGGACGGAAUCAAGGCGGAUUCUUCACCAGAUAG